UAGAGGGGAAUAGUGUUAUUGUUACUGUAAUAUUAGUACUGUCAGAUGAAUAAAGUGCAGUAUAAAGAGGUGAUACUGCUGUCCUCAAGGUGACGCUAAAAGAGUCCUGGUCUGUGGUGGACUUGAGAGUUUCUCUCUCAGGAAGCUUCCUGACUGACUCAAAUGAGACAAAGCCAUGAUGAGAGUCUGGCUCGGGUCUGGGUCUGGUCUGGCUCGGGUCUGGUUUCCAGCCUCCAAGGGGGCGUGUCCAUGUUGGCAGAGUGGGCAAAGUCAGAGUGGAUGACACAGGCUGCACAGACCUUCAUUCUUCAUUUAUCUUCUCUCAACAUGUCGACUCCAGAUACUCUUUUUACCAACAGCAGCGAGAGAAACACCACCGGAGCCAAGGACUGGUCUGAGGUGUAUGAAGCAGUCAGAUGUAUCCAGCUCGUCAUGGCUCUGCUCAGUGUUCUGGGUUCAGGAUCCAUCAUCGUCUGUGUGACGUCACUUAGGCUCCGCCCCUCACCGGAGCUGCAGCCUCUGUUCCUGCUCAGUGUGUCCGACCUGCUGCUCGCUCUCUGCUGGCUGAUUGGAGCUGCUCUGUUCUCUCAACACUGCAGCCGCCUGAACACACACUGUUACCACCUCCACACUGUGGAGCAGAUUCUCUACAUGGCCUCCUUCUUCUACACCCUCAACUAUGUGUUGAACCUCUACACAGGAAUCAGAGACAAGUUCUACAGCUGCAUCAACAGAGUCCCACCUCAGGUCUUCAGCAGAGUGAGCGCUGCGCUGCUCCGCAACACUGAUGUUCAUGCUCCUGGCUUCUCUUUGAACUGGCGCUCCUCUGCUGUUUGCAGUCUGUUUCCUGUUCUGCUGAUGACGCCGGUGUUCAUACAAGGAAACAUCAGCCAAUGUCAGGCCAACUUCAGCGAGCCCUACAGGUGUCUCCUGAUGCACACCGGAGCACUGUAUCUCACGUCCCAGCACCUGCAGACAAUCACAACCUGCAGCCGGCUGCACAUCUACCGCAUCGCCGUCUUCCUCGCCACCUUCUCCCUCACCCUCCUCAGCAUCAUCGUGCUUGUGGUGAAAGCCCGUCGUAUUUACAGGCGGGUCGUGACCUCAAACGGUUACCUGGGCCACCAGCAGCAGGCCUCCUUCCGCGUGAUGGACCGGCGGAUGCUGCAGUACCCGCUGAUCUUCAUCCUUUGUUGGGGUCCAGCGGUGAGUCUGGCUCUCCUUCGGCUGCUGAUGCCCUCGACCGGUCAGGGUGUCGCCGGCGUCGCCUUCUCCAUAUCUCAGGCGUUCACCUCGGCCUCUCAGGGCUUCCUCAACUGUCUGGUCUACGGAUGGACUCGUGGAGGUCUCCGUGGAGCCGGCAGAAGGGUUUUGUCUCAAGACAAGGACACUCAGACGCCUCUGCUGAGAUUACAGAAGAAGACGAGCUACCAAACACUUCGCACCAGCUGAAACGGCCGAGACAAACUGAAAAGGGAGCAGGUGGAAAACCCGGCGGCUGCGUCUCCGUAUAGAUAGACAUCUUGAACCACUGAGGCGAGAAAAAGGAGAAGAAGAAGGAGAAGAAGAGGGGAGUUCACAACAAGAGUAAACAGGAUGUGAAAGAGGUUUAAAUGUGAUCGGGGUCACAUGACCGAGGAGGAGGAAGAGCCUCUUCGCAGGUUGAAUCCGAUUUAAACCAAACCAACAGAUUGAUGAAACUAAAAUGAUCUUUAGUUUAGUUUCAGGAAGAAUCCUGAUCCUCCUCCUCCUCCUCCUCCUCCUCCUCCUCCUCCUCCUCCUCCUCCUCCAAAAGUAAUUUAUUUCUCAAUAUAUUUAAUGUGUUUCUUUUGGUGUCAUUUAAUUGCUUUCUUUGGUUUGAUAUCUUGGUUUGAUAUUGUAAGAGCAGAAUAUAAAAGUGUAUGACGACAAUAAUAAUUAAAGUGGAUAACAGUUCUGA